AUGACCUAUGGAGGUGAAAGUAAAGGAAAUUAUGGAAAGAGAAAUAGAACUCCAGCAUCACCUUCAGGUGACCUGAGCCCAUCACAGCGGUGUCAGCCCAGGUCCCUGUUGAGUAACCUGGUGUUGGCAGAAUGGAUCAGGGAAGAGCUCCAGGACAUACCACAGGAUGUCAUCUCAUCAAGAUACAAGUGCUUUGGGAUUGCUGAUAGCAGGGACCUUGUCAAUCCAGCUCCUUCUGAUCUUGUGAAAUUAGGAGGGCUCCUGUUGACAUGGUUGGCUGCUUGGUACUUGGGAUGCUUAUUUGCUGCUUUUAUGCCCAAAAAAGCAAUUACAACAUCUAUUGCUAAUCUUCAAGGCAUUGGAAGGAAACCAGUGUUGAGGGCCCCUGUCCCAAAAAGGCAGAAGUGUGAUCACUGGUCUCCCUGCUCACCUGGGAACUACGCCUAUCGGAUUCUUAGCGGUGGUGGCAAAGUAAAGCUGGCUAAAAUUUGUUUUGAGGAUGACCUGCUUAUAAGCGAAGAGAAGGGUAAUGUUGGAAGAGGUAUAAACAUUGCCGUUGUGAAUUAUAAAACAGGAAAAGUUACAUCGGCAAAAUAUUUUGACAUGUGGGAAGGAGAGCACUCGGGAGAGAUGGUGACUUUCAUUAAAAAUGCACCAGAAGGGUCCCUCCUUUUGAUGGUGACUCAUGAUGAUGGAAGCACCUGGUUGAAAAAUGACGCCAAAAAACUAAUAGAAGAGCUGGGAAGUAAAGAAGUAUGGAACAUGAAGUUCAGGUCAAGCUGGGCUUUUAUAGCUGCCAAAGGCUUCAAGCUGCCAGAUAAUAUCCAAAAAGAAAAGAUAAACCACUCUGGCAAGAGCAACAGAUAUGGUGGCUGGCCAGCUGAAAUCCAAAUAGAAGGCUGUAUCCCAAGAAACCUGAUCUGA